CCUUAAUGACAGUAAGAUUUACAUCUGUAUUUCGUGUCUUUUUUAGAAAGAAGCAACACUGUUCUUUAUCGAUCCUUUAUAACCCUGCAAAAUCCAGAAACGAAGGAGCAGAUAAAUAAAAGGAUUUUACUUGUCUGUAUGUAACUGUAUGUAUACACAUCAUCCAUUCAAGAAGAGGGUCUCUGAUUUUCCCUAGUGUUUUUGUUUUUUUUGCCAAUUAAUUUGUAAAUUUCCUUCUGGGCCCUGUGAAUCUUGAAACCAAUCCCUCAAAUCGGUAGUGGCGGCGAGAUUUUUGGAUGUUUUUGUGGUGGAGUGGCUGUUGCAAGACAAUGAGAUGAUUUUUUUGCCAAAAUCUUGAGUUACUGAGUGAAUUUGUUAAUCUGGCUCUGGAGUUUGUUUAUUCAGUGAAGACUGUAAGGAAGUGAGAAUAUUCUGCUGUCAGAAUAAUUGUGCAAUGGCAGAUGCAGAGGCCCUGAUUGAGGCUUCAGGGUCGAGAUUUAGCAAUUUGGAGCUAAUUGGAAGAGGUUCUUUUGGGGAUGUCUACAAGGGAUUCGAUAAGGAAUUAAACAAAGAGGUUGCCAUUAAGGUCAUUGAUUUAGAAGAAUCGGAGGAUGAAAUAGAGGACAUCCAAAAGGAAAUUGCCGUUCUUCAAGAAUGUCGAUCUCCAUAUAUCACCGAUUAUUAUGGUUCUUUUCUGCAUCAAACGAAGCUGUGGAUAAUAAUGGAAUACAUGGCUGGUGGCUCAGUUGCUGAUCUGAUUCAACCAAACCAGCCAUUGGAUGAAGUUUCAAUAGCUUGUAUUUUACGAGAUUUGCUCCAUGCAAUUGACUAUCUCCACAGUGAAGGGAAAAUUCAUCGAGAUAUCAAAGCGGCAAACAUUUUGUUGACUGAGAAUGGCGAUGUUAAGGUUGCAGAUUUUGGCGUUUCUGCUCAAUUAACCCGGACUAUAUCGAGAAGGAAGGAGCCAUCAAACCUAUCUAAUUCAAUUAAAAGUCAGACUUUCGUAGGAACACCAUUCUGGAUGGCCCCAGAAGUAAUUCAAAACUCGGAAGGAUACAAUGAGAAGGCAGAUAUUUGGUCUUUGGGAAUAACUGUUAUUGAGAUGGCGAAAGGAGAACCUCCACUUGCAGACCUUCAUCCUAUGAGAGUGCUUUUCAUUAUUCCCCGAGAAAAUCCACCACAGCUAGAUGAGCAUUUUUCUCGUCCAAUUAAAGAAUUUGUGUCAUUGUGUUUGAAGAAGAAUCCAGCCGAGAGGCCGAGUGCAAAAGAACUUCUCAAGCAUCGGUUUAUCAGAAAUGCUAGGAAGAGUCCAAGGCUUCUCGAGAAAAUCAGGGAUCGCCCCAAGUUCCACAACGACGAAGAGGCAACUAAUAAUGGCCCAACUGCAGUUGGGGAAGCUUCCGGAACAGUUAAAGUGACUAAAGAUUCUGCAGCAGAAAACACUAUUCGGGCCAGGUCAGUUGAAUCUGUUAAUAAUGUUCGAAAAUCCCAAUUUGUGUGUUUGGUGAACGUUUUGCUGAUGUCAUCAUCGGCCAGUCUGAAGAAUACUGGAUGGGACUUCAGUAUUGGUGGAUCAACUGGGACUGGAACUGUACGAAGUAUAGUAAAGCCUCCUCAGAUGCGGAGUAGAAAACCCGAGCUCCCAUUGAACCAAUCCACACCCGAAAAAAUUUCUGGAUUAACGGCACGUACUUCAUCAGAGUUGAGGAAAGAUUCUAACUUUACAAUGAAGCUGGAUAAAUAUGAUGAAGAUGAAGAUAUCAGUGGGACAGGGACAGUAGUGAUACGAUCACCAAGAGCCUCUCGGCCUUCCUCUCCAUUCAGCAACCAAACUUUCACGUCUAGCAGGACACUCGCCUCUACUGAAGAUACUUCCAUCAGUGGCACAGUUGUUUAUCGUGGUCCGAGUGAAGAUUCGGGUUCUCCUAGAACUGCAAAAUCGAGGCUGGGACUUCAAGAGAGAACUUUUAGUGCGGUUCUCGAAGAUAGUGAAGCAAAUCUUGCUGAGGCAAAGGCUGCAAUACAAGGAGGAAGAAAAGGAAAUAUGAGGGAAAGGUCUGCAUUUAGCAAGAGAGAUGUUGAUGAGAGUAGAAACGAGCAAGCAGCGACUAGCUCUGGUUCAUCAAGAUCACACCACAAAAGUAAUGAGGAAGAUGAUGAUGCUGCAAGGAAUUCUGCAGCGGCUCUCUCUGCCCCAUUAUCGUUUCUUCUAAUUCCUUCUCUUAAAGAUGUUAUUACUAAUGAUUCCGAAGGAUCAGUAUAUUGGACAGUGGCCAACUCGUUAAUGGACAUGGAACGUUAUAAUCCUGGUUCCUCCGAACUUCUUGUCACCAAAUUACUUCGACGUCUGGCCAGUUCAAAGGAAGGGUCUAUGAAGGACCUUCAGGAUCUAGCAGCUCGUUUAUUCGGAAAGGGAAAGAAUGAAGUACCACCGACAAGUCCAGAGGCUGAUAGCAAGAAAAAACAGCAAACCAAGGAGCAUAAUUCAAACUCCAACAUGAGUCCACUGGCAAGAUUCUUGCUCUCGAGGUCGGUCAAAGAUACUAUGGCAAGGCCACGCCUCUCGGGACCUAAAUUCUUGAAAUAUCUUGUUAUUUAUCGUUUGGGUAAACUUCAUUCGUUGUGUUAUUUCAGUAAAAAUUUUGUUAAUGUACAUAUCAUUCAAGAAACAUGUAAUUUAUAGCAUGGUAAUUUUUGUUAGUUAUUUAUUAUAUAGUUUUUGUGUGUUCUUUGGUGCAAGAAGAUCGUCGGAUAACGAGUCUCUUAUUUGCCUUUGCACUAGAACAGGAAAAGAAAAUAACUCUAGUGAUUAAGGUCUAUUGUUUGUGAUUUGUACAACUUCGAUUUAAACUCUCAAGUUCUCAAGGCUGUCCGGUUUAUUGAUGAUAUAAUUUGUUUAUUUUCUCACUGUAUCUAACCAAGUUUUUACUGCCUACACAAUGAACAUGGAAUAGACUUUGCUUGUAGUUGCUUCUGUCCUCUUGCAAUACUGCUAUUUAGCAAUCAUUUGAAAAGUUGUG